AUGACAACCACUCCAGAGAAGCUCAGCCCCUUCGAAGCAGAGACUAUGCGCCUGCGCCUGCUCGCGGCCGAGGGGGAAAAGAUGGCCGAUGAGUGCUGUCGCCCGCAGCCGGCGCACCCCCUGCCCGUUCUGGAGUCGAUGGGCCUGAGCGUGACCUCCUUCCGUCGCCUGGUCGAGGAGCUGACCGGCACCGUCCAGGUCCUGGACAAGCCCGCGGAGAUGAAGACACACAUGCCCCUCGAUCAGUUGGCCGACGAAAAUCGCCAGCUCGCCACGCUGGCGCUCAACAUCGCCAACCACACGCCGGACAACACCGACCGAGCCACGACCGCGCGUCUGUGGAAUGCCUUCGAACCCCUAGCACUCCGGCUCUCUCUCGCCAACCGGGCACUCUACGAAGCUCGCGCCAAGGGCCGCUGGUCCACCGUUGCCAUUCCCAGCAACCCCACCCAAGCUGAAUUAUAUUGA